AUGGGACUUCAAAAAGACCAGCCAGUUCGCACAUUGCAGCCUAUUUUUGGAGACCGGGAUGAUUUCAUCAUGGAGAUGUGGGGCUUGCUUUGGGCAAAGAUCUGUUCCCAGCCGAUCAAGACAGCAGUACUGCUUCGAUGUCCCAACUACCCGGCCUGGAGCGCCUACUGCAAGCGCUUGCAGCUGGCGGUCGAUUGCCAAGAACAGGUCGAAGAGAAGUUACCCUGGUCCCUGACUGAUCAAUGGCGGGGAGAGCAGGAACGUGAAUACCUAUCCUUGGAUAUGUCGCAUCUUUCGCUGGCUGGGCAGCGACUGCAACACGUCUGGAAACCUCUGGGCAGCGACGCCAACUGCGGCGCGUCUUUACGGCCGGAGUUGCUUCCCCGUUUGAAGUCGCUGCUCGCCUCAACGAAGCUGGUGCCGGCGCCGCGCGUCAAAGACGCGGCGGAGAAAUUGCUGGCCAAGCUACAGCGCAACGAAACGGCCGUGGGUGCACCAGCACAGGCGCAGGAGAGGUCUGCCCGCUACGCAGAGCUUGCCUCGGUUGUACAUCGCACCUUUGAUGCCCUGGAGGGCGAGAACAAGGGCGAGUUGCUUGCGGCAGUGCUCCAGCAGUACGCGGACUGUGUGGAGGAUUGCAUCUAUCGCUGGGAAAGAGAGAUUCACAAUAUGCACGACCUUGUCACCGGUGAGACCAGCGGUGAAGGAGCACUUGAUGCGGAGGACGAAGUCUUGCGGGUGCUUUAUCGGAAGCGGCGGCAGAUGGCCGAAAGCGUUCUCCAUCACAGCAAGGGAGCCAAUGAAACGGCGGACAUGCACUUUGAGAGUCACUUCUACGCGAGUCUCCACUUCGGCCUGGCCGAGCAGCUCACCGCGCGCCGCGAUCCGCAUCGCCUGACCUAUCUGCAGCUGGAGAGUCGCGUGAGGCCUGAUGCUCUUCAAGCCAAGCUCUUCAAGGACUACGUGCCAGCGCGGCUACGGCAGACCAUCCGAGAGGAGGUCUUUGAGAGCCAAAGCUCAGGCACCCAAGCACUACGAGAGAAGAUUACCAAUUGGUUCUCUGCCAAUAUCCCUGUUGGCUUUCGCGCCAACGACACGGUGGAGCAGCGUCGCGAGGCUUUCCUCUAUCAGUUCUGUCUCUUGGCGAGUGCUGCUCGAGUGGGUCCAGUGGAUGUUGGAAAAGGGGAUGACGGAGCUGAGGGUUGA